GAGUUUCCAACUCUUUCUACGUGCUUGUACGAGAUCAUGUUAGCUCUUGUGUUUGCUGCUAUUUUAACCGUCGCUUUCGCGUCUCCUACGCCGUUGUAUUGGAAGCCGUGUGGUGGUACUGGUAAGAUUACAAGUGUUGCUGCUGAGCCAUGUAAAAGCAAGAUAUGUGAAAUCAAGAGUGGUGAUAAUGCCACCAUGUAUAUCACAUUUACCCCUAAUGUUCUUGUGAACGAGCUUGAGUCUCAAGUAUAUGGGACAGUUACUCCUUUUCCACCUGAACAUUUUCCUCUUCAAAACCCUAAUUGCUGUGAAGAUUCUGGAUUACAAUGUCCAUUGAAAGCUAAUCAAACUGUCAUUUACCAUUCGACUAUUGGUGUUCCUAGUGGUUUGCCCGAGGUGACUGUCUUAGUGACUUGGAAACUUGUCAUCCCAAAAGCAAAAACACUCAUUGCUUGUUUCGAGACUGAAGUGAAAGUUACAUAACUUUGUAGUGCACUGAUGUAGGUUGGCAAGAUAGUGUUGUUAACUUGUUAUGAGAGAGUUUGAGCAACUAGUUGCUGAUAGAUAUGCAGUUAGAUAUGUUUUGGGAAUUGGUGUAGCAUCAAGUGUCUGUUGCAAGUUUGAUUUGUAGCAUGUUGUGUAAGUGGUGAAAUUACAAACUAAGCCAGCAAA